AUGACGAGAAGAUACCGGAGUAGAGCUAAUACAGCAGAUGGGGGAGCUUCGAGGCUGAAGUCACCUUUGGAUCUGGGGCUCAUCUCAGAAUACCCAGCCAGCGGCGGUGGUCGUAACCGGGGCUCUCUGGAAGGGAGUGGCAAGAGCACCUCCAAGAGGCCCCUCCGGUGUCCAGAGAGUACCCAGGCCGACCCUCCUGGCCCCAAGGGCGGGGGCGGGGGGCGCCGCCGGGCGCGAGUGUCCCGCCUCGUCUCCUUCAGCGCCACCCACCGACUCCACAGCAAAUCUCUGAGUAAUGAAGAAAACUUGAAACUCUUUGGGAAAUGCAACAAUCCAAAUGGCCAUGGGCACAAUUAUAAAGUUGUGGUGACAGUGCAUGGAGAGAUUGAUCCUGUUACAGGAAUGGUUAUGAAUUUGACCGACCUCAAAGAAUAUAUGGAGGAGGCAAUUAUGAAGCCCCUUGAUCACAAGAAUCUGGAUCUGGAUGUACCAUACUUUGCAGAUGUGGUAAGCACAACAGAAAAUGUAGCUGUAUAUAUCUGGGAAAACCUCCAGAAAUUUCUUCCUCUGGGAGUUCUUUAUAAAGUAAAAGUAUAUGAAACUGACAAUAAUAUUGUUGUCUAUAAAGGAGAGUAGCUUUUAGGAGAUAAUACUGUAGAAAGACUAAUUUCUUUCUAUAUUUGAAAAAGGUCUUCAUCCCCCUGGACUAUUAAGAAGUCAUCACCUACUUGUUAUGCCUUCACACUGUGUUCUAGAGUGCCCGACUGAUUGAAAUCAUUGUGUGUAGGACCUGUUGUAAUUGAAAUCUAUCUUAAAACCAAACUUGUAAAACAUUCUGAUUAUCAUUUAGAGAGUCUUUUAUCUAUAGAUUAAAAAUCACUUCAUUUUCAGUAAAAUGUUGUGGUGUGGAGUUUGAAAGCAAAAUAGAUCAAUUUUUGUUUUUCCGUUAUCUCAUUUUUAAUACUCAAUUUUUUGGUAUAAUAUAAAUGGCAGAAAUGUUUAUAAGACUUAUAGUAGGUGAAACUUAAAAAUACAGAUGACCACAGAGUCCAGAAACUGACAACAUAUACUUCUUUCUUGAUUACUUCUCAGAUGUGUAAGGGCACAAGUUUAUUCAGUGAAAAUGAGACACACAGAUCACCUUGGCAAUGUGUUGUAGGUGGAUAUACAGGAUUGAUGAAAAUACUGCUUUAAGUGAAAUUGUUGACUGCAGUUUUGCACAUCUUGUUGAACUAUGAAUUGCUAGUGAGGAACAGCAUGUUCAUUGAACAUUUGUUGGAAUAUCAUUGGACUAUUAUGUAUAUUUGUGUAUGUUUCCAGACCUUAUGGCCACCUGAACAAUUUUAAUUCAGAAAACUGAAGAAUAGUCACAUAUACUAAAUCUUAUUAAAUAACAUGAAAAGGAUAUAUUAUACUGUAAUGCAUCUCUUAUAUACAGUUUUUCCUAAUUGACCUCAUUUUGUUCUGAUCAUUAAACUUCUACCUGCUUAAGUUGAACUGUAUUCUUGGCAUCUGGUAUCUUUUCUUCAUGACUAAAUCCACAAGAAUAUAUUUGCUUGGUUUGCCCAAAGAA